GCCGGUGGUGACAGGCGCAGGAGAAGGAGAUCGCUCCAAACGAAUUCCCUUUGCCUCACUUCUCUUCCUUAUUUUCCACACCCCACGUUCUGGUCCUUGACUUCCUCCCCUCCACCCGCACCCUGAGUCUCCCAGCUCCUUCUCGUUUACCUCUCUCCUAACUCUGCACUCUUCCUAUUCCAGGGCACUCACAUUCUGCAGGGCGUGGGGAACGGGUCCUCCCACCAUCUGCCCUACACCAUCCAGGGAGUUGCUCCUCAGAGGAGAAGCCAGAUGGGGAAUAAGAACCCCUGAGGGAGCUGGAUGGGACCCCAGAGGAUCGGACCCCCAAACCCUCCGUUCCUGCCCCCGCCCAUUCCAGGGGACACCCUUCUCAACAGUGUCUGUGUGAAUAGCAGAGGAAGGAAGAGCUCACCCCAGCUGCGCUCCUGAGCCAGGGCCAGGUCCCCUGCGAAACCCGCUGUGCUGCGCUCUGAGCGAGGCCAUCCUGCAUGCUUAAUCGGCUAUUUAAGGAGCUGUUCGCCAACAACCCAGACAGUCCCCACUCCCCACGUACACCCGUCCAGAGCCACCUUAAAAGCGGGAGGCAAUUGUGAAGUAGCUGGCCAGCAAGUGGAGUGAAGACUGCAGAGGGAGAUAAAAAAGAGAGGGCAGAAAGAGAGGCAGAGAGAGAUUUAUCCUGGGAACCCGGAAACUCACGUCCUCUAGUCCCCAAACUCCCAGUACCUUGUGUUUCUUCCAGGGAUACCAUGUUGUUCUUCACGCUCCUGCUAGAGGUGAUUUGGACCCUGGCUGCCAACGGGGGUCAACACUGGACAUAUGACGGUCCACAUGGUCAAGACCACUGGCCAGCCUCUUACCCUGAGUGUGGAAGCAACGCCCAGUCCCCCAUCAACAUUCAGACAGGCAGUGUGACUUUUGACCCUGAGUUGCUACCUCUGCAGCCCCAUGGAUAUGAAGAGCCUGGCACCGAGCCUUUGGACCUGCACAAUAAUGGCCACACAGUGCAACUCUCUCUGCCCCCAACCCUGUAUCUGGAAGGACUUCCCCGAAAAUACGUAGCUGCCCAGCUCCACCUGCACUGGGGUCAGAAAGGAUCCCUGGGGGGGUCAGAGCACCAGAUCAAUGGCGAAGCCACAGCUGCAGAGCUCCACAUCGUACAUUAUGAUUCUGAUUCCUACGAAAGCUUAAGUGAGGCUGCUCAGAGGCCUCAGGGCCUGGCUGUCUUGGGCAUCCUCAUUGAGGUGGGUGAGACUAAGAAUCCAGCUUAUGAACACAUUCUGAGUCACUUGCAUGAAAUCAGGCAUAAAGAUCAGAAGACCUCAGUGCCUCCCUUCAACCUGAGAGAGUUGUUCCCCCCACUGCUGGCGCAGUACUUCCGUUACAAUGGCUCGCUCACCACACCGCCCUGCUACCAGAGUGUGCUCUGGACGGUCUUCAGUCGAAGGGCCCAGAUUUCAAUAGGACAGCUGGAAAAGCUUCAAGAGACACUGUUCUCCACGGAAGAGGAGCCCUCUAAGCUCCUGGUACAGAACUACCGAGCCCCCCAGCCUCUCAAUCAGCGAACGGUCUUUGCUUCUUUCAUCCAAGUGGGAUCCUUGUAUACCACAGGUGAAAUGCUGAGUCUGGGAGUGGGAAUCCUGGUUGGCUGUCUCUGCCUUCUGCUGGCUGUUUAUUUCAUUGCUAGAAAGAUUCGGAAGAAGAGACUGGGAAACCGGAAAAGUGUGGUCUUCACCUCAGCACGAGCCACCGAGGCAUAGACUCCUUCCCGGUCACCACAGAUGGCUUCCCCUCGCCUAUCAGGGAGCUUCUAAAGUGGGGUGCAGGGACUGGCCAGAAAAUACUGUAGAAGUAGGCUGACAUCCCUCCUUCCUCCAGACAGCCCCUACACAGAGGUAUGGACAGGCUCUCAUUCAAGGAAGAACAGAACCUUCAGCCUCUCAAAACACGUAGAUAAGGACAGCCCUAUGUUGACAAUGCAGAGGGUGAACUGUGUUUAGUUGUAGGGGAAGCUGGGGAUGUGCCCCAAAGUCCCCCACCCCCUCAUCUCUGUAUCCCUGUCCCGAGAUAUAGUACAAGAUCUCCCCUUAGGAAAAAGGGUUGCUGCUGCUAUGUUUUUUUCCCUCAAUAUAUUAGGAAAUUAAAUUUGCCGACCCCG